AGACGGCUAGUUUUAACUCUUUCACGCGAUCGUGCUUGUGGAAAAGUGUUUGAGAUAAACGGAGAUAUAGUUCAUUUGAUGUUUGUUAUGAAACGUUUAAGGAGUGUCAUCUGAAUCGUCUGUGGCUGCUUUGUUAUAGCCUUCUAUAUUGAUUGACUUUAUAUCGAGUAAUAUUGUAGUUUUAACCCUCGAUGUUGAAAAUGACGUAAAUGCAGUGAAAAUGAAGGCAAAGUUGUUGUUGAUUAUCUGCUGCUUAAUUCUGCUAACUUGCGCUCAAGGAAAAAUAGGUUAUUUUUGGCACAUAACCGACUUUCAUUACGAUGCGUUAUACACACCACUCGGCGAUAAAAGAAAACAAUGCCGUCGAACAAAUGAGAGAGGCACUCCAGGUCACCAUGGUGCUAUCGGUCGCCUUGGGGACUACUCCUGUGACAGUUCCUUGGAGCUCAUAGUAUCAGCCCUACGAUAUAUGCGCACCCGACAUUCAGAAAAUAUAGAAUACGUUUUGUGGACUGGUGACAUCAUAGCAUCAAGAUACGACGAGAGAGAAGAUAGCAAGUACCAGGCAAUCAGGAAUAUAACGGAGCUGCUCAGUAUGACGUUCAGUUCACAUUUUGUGUUCCCGGUCCUGGGCCAUACGGAUCCCGCGCCAUCUGAACGUUUAACAAACUUGUGGAGCCAUUGGUUGCCAUUAGAAGCAUUGCAGACUAUGAAACAUGGCGGAUAUUACACAAUCGAUCAAACUCAGAGCAAACUGCGGAUUGUCGUGCUAAAUACAAACCUUCUGACCGAUCGUGAAGAGGAUAGCAUGCUAGCACUGCGUCAGUGGGACUGGCUCGAUACAGUACUAGAAAAAGCCACAGCUAAUAAUGAAAUGGUCUACAUAAUAGGUCACGCAGGACCUGGAUAUGACUCCCGCAGAAGCAUAUUAGCGGCUGACGCAAAUAGAAAAUAUCUUCAAACGGUGCGUCGAUACGCGUCAAUAAUUGCGGGACAAUUCUUUGGUCAUUUACACACUGACACUUUUCGAGUAAUUUAUGACGAAGAUCGACCAGUAUCCUGGGUUCUUUUGGCACCAUCUGUUAGUCCACACCAUGACUACGGAGGCUCGUCUAAUCCGGGUUUGCGUCUUUACAAAUUUGACACAGAUACAGGAAAGGUAUUAGAUUUCACGCAAUUUUACCUGGAUUUGGCCUCAGCAAAUCGCGCGGAUUCUGGAGCGGAAUGGGUGGCGGAAUAUAAUUUUACCCAAUAUUAUGGUCUCCGAGACGUUUCUGCUGAAUCGCUUCAUAACCUGGCAGAAAAAUUUCGUAGCAACUCAAUUCAGGAUGCUACGUAUUUUAGCAGAUAUCUACGAGCAUACAACGUGAAAUUUGAGAACACGAACAUUUGCGAUGGAGCAUGUGCGCAUGAGCAUUACUGCGCAAUAACAUGCUUGGAGCACACCGCCUAUCGCCAAUGCGUCGAGGCAGCCGCGAGUGCUCUCGCAGCGUCCGGCAACUCCGCGGCGCUUAUGAAAACAAUAAGCUCUCCUAUUAUAAAUGCAUGGUCCAUCUUAAUAGUAAGUGCGAAAGUUAUUUAAGCGCAGUGUUAAGACGAUGACAUUUAUGAAAAAUUAUCGAAUAAGCUCAGCCGCAUUUUGUGAUAUUAUAAUUUAAUAUGUGGUUUCAUAUAAGUAGGCCUGUUGACCAUAAGUUUACUGGAUUGUAAUAUUAAAAUUUUGUACAUAAUUGUAAAAAUUCUAACGGUAUGUGUAUGGGUAGUGAAUUAUUUGUAUUGUAGUACUGACUUUCAAUCUCUUUAAUGUAAUGUUUUACAUUUUAUGGUUUCCAGUAUGAUUUAUGUUGAUAUAAGGUUUUAUUCAUUAUGGAAUAAAUAUAAAGAUUUUAGUUUAAGUAUAGAAUUCACUGUUAAUCAUAUUUUCUUUUGAUAGCGCUACUUUACGAGCAGAAUUUAUUAACGGAACAACUAAAUAUAUACUAUAACUACUAACUAUAACUAAAUAUUUAUAUGCAUAAACUGUAGUUUGUAUCACUUCGAAAAAACAGUGCCUAGCAUCAAUUUAUUUAGCUUCUGGAGACUACUUGAUGUAUAAUUUGCUCUUACCAAGAUAUUCCAAUAAAGAAUAAACUAGUUUACAGGGUGUUACGAAGUUAGUCGUCCUAAACAUGAGUAUGACAUUAUAAAUUUGACAAGAACAGUCAAAGCCUUUAGCUAUUUUGAUUUAUUCUCUGCACAUAUCAUUGCAAUCUGAAAUACAUAAAUCGGUAGGACCAUUCCUUCACCUACAAUGUAAUUGGUAGUUAUACUUUGAAUACCGUUUUGUGCCAUUAUGUAAGCUAUCUUGAUAAUAGACAUUGAUAUGGAAAUUGUUGGUGAAAUUAUGUGGUAUUGGAGUGGAAUUAGGUAUGAGGGUUCACACAUACAUGGACGCACAGAAUUAUGAAAAUAUCACGUGUGUUACCAUAAAGAAGAAGGUAUCUAGAAAGAGUGACAUGUUGACGUAGGAUUAACCAAUUAUUCAAUCGCAAAAUUCAAAAUCCGAGGCAAUGUCCAAGGUUUUAUAUACUUUGAAAUAAAAAUUAUAAAGCUAUACACGAAAAAUAAGGAUCUCAUAUCGCCGGUUACAUUGCAUUUUAUUUUGAUCUUUGCGUAAGGUAAAAUGAAUUUGUGCUAAAACAAAUAUAUUAUUAUUUCGUGUGUAAAAGUAUCAAUCACAUUGUUAGUGCAGGGAGUGGAUCUAGAAUCCUAUAUUUUUUCAUUUUUAAUAACCACGCUCAAAAAUCGUUCCAUAUUUUAUUGAUCUUAUAUUUAUAUACAUGUGUAUAAAAGUUUUGUAAAUAUAAAAGCAAUCGAAAUUUUGAAAAUGAGGAACAAUUAGGACAUAAGUGAUUUGUAAUAAUGCUUUCGGAUAUUUGUCAGACCAAAAGUGUAAAGAAUAUAUUUUAAGUGAUACUGACUUAUCAGACUAACAUUGUAUUACAUAGCGUUUCUUGAGCAAGUCAUAUUACAAAAAUCUGUGUUACCAUGUACCCAUUUUAAUUGUUUAUUAAAUAA